AUGAGCAAUAAUAAAUAAGUAGUAUCCGAUAUGAGGAGCCUUUUUUGUAGUGAAGCCAAUGAUCAAUCACAGAAAUAAGUUUCCUAACAAUAAAAAACUUAAAAAUAAGUUCAAUAAAUACAGAAUACUUAGCCUACAGCAGUUAAUCCUUUUUUGAAAUAAAAAACUUUAUUAGCGCCAACGAACGAUAAUGAAAGUUUUGGUUUCCAGUCUAGUUAGUAAAAUAGAUUAGGCGGGCAGUCUUCGUUUUAGAAUUAGUAAAUGGGCGGUAUAGGGCAAGAUUAGAAUAGGCAAAAUCGCACAACUUUAAAUAAUGGUUAAAACUAAGGAGGGAAUUAUGGAACUGCAUAAAGUGAUUCAUAAUAUUACUCUUAGAAUAACUAAAAUAGUCAAUAAUAAUCUAUGCAAUUGAAUAAUCUUUAAGCAUAAUAACAAAACUAGACACAAAAGUAAUAACAGUAAAACAAUUAAUCAACCUAAAUUUAACAAGCAACUAGCAAUCAAGCUUUUGACUAAACUCCACAAAAUAUAAACUAGCCUAAAAAAUACUUCAUUAUUAGAAACAGAAACGAAUACUUUCGCAAAAUUGCUUAAGAGCAGAGUAUUUUUUUGAUCCAUAAAAACUAUGAAAAGUUAUGUGAAGCAUUUAAAAAUAGUGAUGAUGUUUACAUAAUAUUUUCAAAUAUAGAUCAAAAACACUUUUAUGGAUAUGCUACAAUGAUCUCUGAAGCAGAUGAACUGCGUUUUAUUUCAUCUUAAUUAGAAAACUAUUAGAAUUUGAAGAACAAAGGAGAAGAGUACAUUAUGUAUUCAAAGAUUUAAUGGAGCAGUUAAACUCCUCUUCAUUAUGACCACUGUAAGAAUAUUCUUAAUCCAUGGAAUAGCAAUAAACCAAUAAAUUUCUCAAAGGAAUUUUAAGAAGUAGAACCUGCAGCUGCUCUUUAGUUAUUGGAGCUACUUGAUAAUCCUCCUGCUGCUCCAAGUAGCAAUUAAAACACAAAUACUAUUUCAGAAGACGACCAAUAACCAAACGAUGGAAAAAUUUAAGCAGAGGAAGGAUAAAAAAGCUCACCAACAAAUGCUGGUUAAAAUAGUUAAAGUAACUAAUUAGGAAUAAACAGUAAUAAUCUUUCUAAGUAAAAAAAAAUGCCAUAUUAAAACAUGGCUUUUCCAUUUUAAUCUAAUAUGAACCCUAUGAUGUAAAAUAUGAUGAAUCCUUAUUCUGCCUUCAAUAUAGGUAUGGUAGGUCAAUUACCUUUAAUGAGGUACAUGCCAGGCAUGUUUCCCUAAAGUGUUUAACCAUAGUCUUCAUAUAUCAUGAAACAAUUAGAGAGUUUAACCGAAGAAACAAAAUAGAGCAUAAAUGGAUCAAAUAAUACCUAAAACAAUAAUGGUAUGAAUAAUAAUCUAAACAAAAAUAUUGCUAUGGGCAGAAACAACAAAAAUAAUAAUAAUAACAGUAACAUAAAUAAUUAAAAUUUUAGAAAUAAUUAAUACAGAUAAAACAACAACAAUAAUAGUAACAAAGAUGCUGGAUAAGGGUAAAUGAGAAAUUAAAACUAUAAUAAAAUGAAUAAUAAUAACUAAAAUAAUAAUGGCUAGUUUUAAAAUAAAAGAGGUGGUAAUAAUAACUACAAUAACUAAGGCUACAGCAGAAAUAGAAAUAAAUCAAUUGAUGAAAAUGAUAAUCAAAAAAAUAGAAAUGAAAAUAAUAGCAAUGACUCUGGAUCUCGCUCAAGAAGUAACUCAAUGAGAAAUAGAAGUAAUGAUGAAAAUAGAAGCAGUAAAUCAAAUCAUUCAGAGUAUGGCGAUGAAAGACGUAGGUCCUCUGCUGAAAAUAGUAUUGACAGAAAUAGCUAAUAAGGUGAUGAUUUUGAUAACGAUAAAAGAAGCAACUAAGGUAGUCAAAGUCCAAGAAAGAGCAGAAGUAGAAAAAGCAGUAGAGGUUCUUUAUCUUCUAGUUUAUCAGAUGCCCCAUCCGUUAAAGGUAAGUCCAAUCACUCAUCAAGAUCAAAUCUUUCAAAAUAAAACUCAAGAAAAUCAAGUAAAAGUAGCGAAAAAAAUCAUUCUGAUAAAGACUACUCCAGUGAUAAAUAGUUAAAUAAUAGAAAUGUAAAUAGAAAAAAUAUAAACUAAGAUAGUGACAACAAUGGCAUCAGUAGCAACAAUAACAACAACAAUUACUAAAAUAGAAGAGAUUAAAAUUUUUAAGGAAGAAAUAACUACUUCAAAUAGAACUAAGGAGGAAAUGGUAAUUAUUAGAAAAAAGGGGAUAAUAGAAAUUUCAAUAAUAGGUAAAAUAAUAACAGUAAUAUUAACAACAGCAAUAUUAAUAACAACUAAUAAAGUAAUUAAAACCAAGCAUCCAGCAUUGCUAGCUCACGCUUCUACAGUUAAUUUUUUGGUGGUGAAAAAGAUACAGAAAAAAGCAAUAAUAAUAACAAUGAGUAAACAAUAGAUAAAAAACAAAAUACUAAUAUUAAUAAUAAUAAUAAUAAUAACAACUAAAGAAUGAAUUAAUAUAAUAAUAGCAACUAUCAAUAAAGAAAAGGAGGAAAUUAUCACUCAAAUAAUAAUUAUUAAAGAAAUAAUAACUACAGAAAUGAUUCUGAAAGCAAAAAGCCAUCUAACAGAUACAACUAAAGAUAAAACAGCCACUCUUAAAGCCUAAGCAAAGAUAGCAGGGAUAGAAGCUUAUCUCGUUCACGCUCAAGAUCUCAUAGUAUGGGUAGUACUCAAGACAGAUAAAGAAAUUAUGAAAAAAGAGAUUACAGAUAGUAACCAUAAUAGUACAACAACUAAUCAUAAAAUCUAAAUUAAAAUAAAUACAAUAAUAAAAAUGGUAACAAUAAUAACUAUAACAGCAGUAAUAAUUAUUACAAUAAUAAAAACAAUUUUGAUUAAAAUAAUGGUAGUAAAAGAAGCAAAAGCAGGGAUAGGUCUGAGAGGAGAAGAUCUUCAAGCUCGGGAGAUAGAGGUAGUAAAAAGCCAACAUACAAUAACAAAGAUUCGGAUUAAAAUUAUAAUAAAAAUAGUAGCAGCCGUCAAAAUAACAAUAGAAAUAAUUAUUAACAAAAAACCUCUUUUAAAUCAAGCUAAUAAAGAAGCAGCAGUAGUAAAAGGAGAUAAGUUUCUAGAUCUUAAGAUAAGUCUAAGAAUAGUAAUCGUAAUUCUCGCAGCAACUCUCGUAGCCAUAACCGCAGUAAGAGCGAUAGUCUCAGUAAAAGCAGUCUUAGCCGUAGUAGAACUCGUAGUUAUUCUAACAAGAGAAGCUCAUACAGUAGAAACAAGAAUUAAAAAAAUAAUUCUUAAGAAAGAAACUAAAAUUCGACUAAAAACGAAAAUAAAAGAGUCUCUUCAAAUUAAAAUAAUAAUAGUGAUGCAAACUCUAAUAAUAGGUAAAACUCACAGUAAAACGAAAGCUCUUUCAAUAAAUCAAAUAACAUGAAAGAAGGAGGUAGCAGCAGCAAUAACAAUAAUUAAUACAAAAAAAGUAGUUCAAAUGAUGAAGAAUAUCAAUAGAAAAAAACAGGGCAACCAUCAUCAUGGUCUGGCUAAGGAAAUUAACCAAGCAGACCUAAUUCUAAUAGUAAUUUUUCCACUACUGAGAGCAAAUUUUAGAUAAAUAAACAGAUUGUUAAUGGUGUUACAAAAAUUUCUUUUAAAAAGCAAAGCUCUUAAACAUCUCAAAGUUAAUCAUCUUAAUCUGAUAAAGCAUAAAAUUAUUAAUCUUAGAACAACUAGUAGUAAUAACAAACUUCUUCUUCUUCUUAACCUUCCCAACAAUAUGGUAACUAAGGAUCCAAAAACUAAAAUUACAAUGACCAAUCCUCUUCUUCUCAAUACUCUUCUCAGUAAUAACAGAACCAAAAAGCAAUAAAAAAAAUAAACAUAAAACUAUCAGAAAAAUCUUCGAUAGCUGACCGCAUCAAUCGUAAAAUACCUAAUAAUUGA